AUGUUGCGGAGUCUGAUUCCGAAGAUGUUGCUGAGGCUAUGCGAGAAGACGACCUCGACGACGAGGUCCCGGAGGAUGACGAUCCUCACUGCCCUACGAUCGCGUUCGCGGUUAUGGAGAAGCAACGGUGGCGACAGGAAUGGCGAUCAGCCCUCAUUGUCAAGGUGCUAG